AUGGGAGCAAGUAGCAGCAGCAUCAGUGAACUUCCAGAAAAUGAAUACUUGAAAAAAUUAUCAGGAGCAGAACCCAUCUCAGAGAAUGACCCCUUCUGGAAUCAGCUGCUGUCUUUUAGUUUUACCACUCCAACAAACAGUGCUGACUUAAAGCUUUUGGAAGAAGCCACAAUCUCAGUCUGCAAGUCUCUAGUGGAGAAGAAUCCUCGGACAGGAAACCUUGGCUCCUUGAUUAAAGUCUUUCUUGCUAGAACCAAAGAGUUAAAAAUCUCAGCAGAAUGUCAGAAUCACCUCUUCAUCUGGCAGGCUCACAAUGCCCUGUUUAUUAUUUGCUGCUUGCUGAAAGUCUUCAUCAGUCGAAUGUCAGAGGAGGAGCUGCAGCUUCAUUUCACUUAUGAAGAGAAAGGCCCAGGCUCAUAUACGGCAGAGUGUGAAGACCUCAUAGAAGAACUGCUGUGUUGCCUCAUCCAGCUCAUUGUUGAAAUUCCUCUCUUAGAUAUUACCUACAGCAUUUCCUUGGAAGCUGUGACAACUCUGAUUGUCUUCCUCUCCUGCCAGUUAUUCCACAAAGAAAUUCUACGAGAGAGCAUCAUUCACAAGUACCUGAUGCAUGGUCCAUGUCUCCCAUACACCAGCAGACUUGUGAAAACUUUGCUGUAUAAUUUCAUUAGACAAGAAAGAAGCCCUCCCCCAGGGACCCAUCUCUUUCAGCAGCAACCAGAUGGAGGAGGCCUCCUUUAUGGGAUUGCAUCUGGGGUGGCAACUGGCCUCUGGACAGUCUUCACUCUCGGCAGGGCGGGGAGCAAAGCCACAGCGCAGCUGGAGCAGUGUUCUCCUCUUGCUAACCAGAGUCUGCUCCUCCUUCUGGUCUUGGCCAAUCUGACUGAUGCUCCAGAUACACCCAAUCCCUACAGACAAGCUAUUGUGUCCUUCAAGAACACACAAGAUAGCACAGCUUUUUCACCAUCAACCCCUCAUGCUUUCCACAUUAAUUUUAACAGUUUGUACACAGCUUUGUGUGAGCAGCAGAAAUCUGAUCAAGCCACUCUCCUUGUCUACAUGCUUCUGCAUCUGAACAGCAAUGUCCGGACCUACGUGUUGGCACAGACAGACAUAGAAAGUCUUGUUCUGCCAAUUCUUGAAAUCCUGUAUCAUGUGGAAGAAAGGAAUUCCCACCACGUUUACAUGGCUCUUAUCAUCCUGCUGAUCCUGACAGAGGAUGAUGGCUUCAACAGGUCCAUCCAUGAAGUGAUAUUGAAAAAUAUCACUUGGUAUGCUGAGCGUGUCUUAACAGAGAUCUCACUUGGGAGCCUCCUGAUUCUGGUGGUGAUAAGAACCAUCCAGUACAACAUGACCCGGACGAGGGACAAAUACCUUCAUACAAAUUGUCUGGCAGCCUUAGCAAACAUGUCAGCACAGUUCCGCUCACUUCAUCAGUAUGCAGCUCAGAGGAUCAUCAGUUUAUUUUCUUUGCUGUCUAAAAAACACAACAAAGUGCUGGAGCAAGUCACCCAAUCCUUAAGAGGUUCCCUGGGCUCCAGUGAUUCUCUUCUCUCUGAUUAUGCUCAGGACCUGAAUGUCAUCGAGGAAGUGAUCCGAAUGAUGUUGGAGAUCAUCAACUCCUGCUUGACCAACUCUCUCCACCACAACCCCAACCUGGUCUACGCUCUGCUCUACAAGCGGGAACUUUUUGAGCAGUUUCGGACCCACCCUUCCUUCCAGGAUGUCAUGCAAAAUAUAGAUUUGGUGAUCAGCUUUUUCAGCAGCCGAUUAGAGCAAGCUGGAGCUGAGCUCUCAGUGGAGAGAGUUCUGGAAAUCAUCAAGCAAGGAGCUGUUGCAUUGCCCAAAGACAGGCUAAGAUUUGAAACCAUUCCCCUGUCACAGGUUGUCAUUCUGAAAUGUGUGAAAGUCACUUCUGAGGCUUCUGAAAUUCCAGGGUGUCCAAGCCCUUAUUUGAAGGUUCUGCUGAAGCAUCAUCAACUUAAUUGGAAGCUAGAAGAUUGCACUCUUGGUGAUCCCUCAUGUCUGUCAGUGGAGAAACUCUUGAUGGUCAAGGCCAAAGUGGGACUGACACUCCAGUCCAUGCAUGCUUGA